AUGGUUGAUCAACUCGCAAAUGUGCUACUAAAAGGUUGUCUGGAAUAUUCAUCGCAUGAGAAAUUCAAAAAUAAAGGACUAUCUUUUGCCAAUGAAUUGACUGAAUUGUUUCGAGGUACCACAGCCAAUGGACCCAGAGCAUGGGCACCUUCAAGUGGAGUCUUGCUUAGGUUUUACCAUAGGAAUGAAGAUGAGGACGAAGAUGUACAUCGUCCAAGUAUGGCCAAUGAAGGUAUUGAUUUGGAAGAAGGUUCAGGAGAUAAUGAUGGGAUUUUAGGAACUUUUACUAGAAAAAGCGAUGGAUUCAAUAGAGUAGUUCUGAAUAUUUCUCAAGGAAUCUUAAGUGGAGGUAGUGGUGAGAGGAAGAGGGGUGAAAGUAGUAGCAAUAGGAAAAAGAAAAAGGUACAUAGUACAAGUCAAAUAGCAAAUGCAAUGGGUGGCAUAGCUGAAAUAACAAAGGUAGAAUCUCAAGAGGCCAAGGAAACUUCAAUUCCUAAAGUCAUGUCUCUAGUCAAACAAAUGGAGAAAGUUACAGCUGACAAACAUUGGCUUUCAUAA